AAUAAAUGCACAAAAGUUUCCAUAUUAUAUGAUGUUUAGCACACGUUUGUAGAGACGUUCAAAACUGUAAACGGUCUUCUCUACUGGUAAUUAUAAACCUGCAGAAACUUCUGGCAUUGUUAUUUUGUUUGUUUCUACAUUAUUCGAGUAUUGGACAAUAGACCGCCGCAUGAUUGAAAACUGGAUCAAGUAGAAAUAUCCAGCAUCUCACAUUGAAUAAUACGAGCUAACUACAUACACGAACAUUAGAGGAUAAACAGUGCAAUAAAUAUGUAAAUUUGGAUUCAUGUUUAUAAAUGUCACCAAUAUUCUCAUCAUCCUAAAAGAAGACUUGUUUCAACACGAACAGGAAUAACUCCAGCUGUUUCAACUGAGAUCUGCGGGAUAAAACAUUGUAAAAUGAUGUUUAUUAAAGAAGAGAGUGAGGACAUGAGUUAUCCAGAAUCAUGCAGUUCAAAUGUCAUGAAAAAUGAAGAUACUGAGGAACAAAGAGAGCUGAUGGACGUGAAAGAGGAAAGUCAAGAACUGAAUGAAGUGAAGGAGGAGAAACACCUUCCAGAUCAGACACUUUAUGGUUUCAAAAUAGAACAAAAGUAUUUUAGUGGCUCACAAACUGAAAAUAAAUUCUCACAAAAAAGAACUCAGAGAACAAGAACCAAAUAUUCUUUCAACUGCCAUCAGUGUGGGAAGAGUUUUACACGUAAAGACAGUGUUACUACGCACAUGAGAAUUCACACUGGAGAGAAGCCUUUCAAAUGUCAUCAGUGUGGGAAGAGUUUCAGACAGGCAUGCAUUCUCAAAAAUCAUUUGGUCUUUCACUCUGGAGAAAAGUCAUAUAGCUGUGAUCAGUGCGCCAAAACAUUUUAUUCAGCAUCAGUCUUAAAAACACACCUGAAAAUUCAUGCAAAUGAGAAGCCUUUGUGUUCUCUUUGUGGAAAGAGUUUUUCAUUUCUGCACAGUUUAAAACGGCACCAGAGAUUGCAUUCCGGUGUGAGAGAUCAUGUGUGUUCUGAGUGUGGUAAAGCCUUUUACAGAGCUUGUGACUUGGAACUGCACCAAAGAGUCCAUACUGGAGAAAAACCUUAUAGGUGUUCACAUUGUGAAAAGAAUUUCACUUGUUCAGGAAACCUUACAAAACAUGAGAGAGUGCAUACUGGAGAGAGGCCGUACCAAUGCACUUCAUGUGGGAAGAGAUUCAUUGGGUCAGAAAACCUGAAAGCACAUGAGAGAGUGCAUACUGGAGAGAAGCCGUACCACUGCACUUCAUGUGGGAAGAAUUUUAUUUGGCCAGGACACCUAAAAAAACAUGAGCGAGUACAUACUGGAGAGAAGCCGUACCACUGCACUUCAUGUGGGAAAAGUUUCACCCAAUCAAGUAAUCUACGGACUCAUAAUAAAAAAAAUUGUCCAGGGUUGUUACAGUGAGCAGAGUUCAUCUUUAUUUGCCUGGCAAAUGGUUUGAAAUUUUGAAAAAACAAGAAGGAAUUUAUCUUAAAAGAACAAUUACAAUUAAGUGGGUGAAUUACUCAUUACCUGUAGUGCUGACUGAGCGAUCAUUCUACAGUAUGUAAGGGGUUGAAGGAUGUUUGUACUUGUUCAGUAAACUAAAAAGAAGUCAAAGUAUUAGUACAGAAAAGUAUUGUUGUUGAUGUUGUGAAAUGCAACAAAUUUUAUAUGAAUUCUUCUAUGAUUGAGAGUAGUAAAAGUGCUAUAUUAUGCUAACAAUAACAGUGUUUCUAUUAGCCUAUCAUUUCUCCAUUUGAUUUAAAAUUGUAAGAUGUGAUACAUGCAGAACUGAAUAAACUUUCGUCUCUGAAAUCAUUAAGAGAUUAAAUGAGUAGUCAAACUACUCUAUGGUGUUAAAAAGCUUAAUCAUUCAAAGUAUAUAUAUAUAUA